AUGGAUAUCAGUUUCGAUUUUGAGGAACUAACUAAAAAGUGUUUUCAAUGCGACGAAAACGUUAUUUGUAACUUAAAUAUAGUUAACAAUGCAUCGAAUACCACAUUUACCUUAUGGAAUAAAUAUCAAAUGUUCUUUUAUGAAGGUGUCGACUUUGAGACUGCAUCUAACACUAUAGUUCCAGAGUUCCAAAUACAUAACAUAAUCACGUCCAACAACUAUUUAAUAUGUAUGGACUGCGCUGGGAAUGUGCAUACAACUCCUCUUAAGUUCAAGAAUACUGCCCAAAAAAGAUUUAAAUAUGGGUUUCAACCUCGAGAUGAUGGCAUCGUUGUCUUUUCACUCUUUAGUGAAGACCACGCCAUGUGUUUAAAAUACGAAUCACACGCGUAUUCCCUAAGUGUGCAUAAAAUCAACACGGAAUUUAAUUUAGUAAAAAAGGCGAUGCUUAUAUCAAAUGAUCGUUUUCUAUUACAACAAAAUAGAGAUAAAUACCUUCUUAAGUCCUAUUUGAUCAGUGAAAGACAGCUAGAAAUUGUGAAAGAAGUUUUUAAUAUCAGAGAUGUGAGUAUCACCAAUAAUUAUAGCAUUGUUUUUAUAAGCUUUGAUAAAUUAAGUGUUUAUAGUUGUUUAUAUAGUCUUAAAACUACUGAAUCUGAAAUAAGUCUAGUUAAACUAUACACAUGUCCAGCAGAAAUAGCGAGUAUAGACUUGAUUGAAUUAGAUAACAUGAAUUGUAUAAUGGGACUAACAAUGGGCACAAUGAUUUGCCUUAAUUUAAAAGAGCUAAAUGCCCCACGAAUCAUUCAUUUGAAUACUCCUAUCUACAAACUAUUAGCUUUCAACGAUAUAGUUUUAUAUACAGACGGAAUGACUAUGUGGAAGGCUGAACACAUAUUGGCCAUUAAUAUCAAAUUUAGUCAAUUGUUCGUAAAGGGCGUAAAAGAUUUUAUAAAGUUUGGUGAUCAAAUUAUCUGCACAACAUUCAAUAAUAUGAUAUACACAUUUUCCAUGGAUGAUGAAAGAUCCUAUAUAAAGCCCCAAUCUGUGGGUGAGUAUUAUUCUGCAGAAACGGUGUUAAACAAUGCUAACUAUUUAGAAGAAAUCAAGGAUGAAAUAAAUAAGAGUCAGGCGCUAAUGAAAUUGCAGGUAGAGCAAAAAGACUAUAUUACUGCUCUAUGUCUGACAAACAGGCAAGAUGUAAUGGAUAAGGUCAUAAGUCUAAAAGUAAUUGUUUAUGAAAGUUAUGAGGAUGCUAUUUCAGAACACACUGAUACAGUGUUAACAAAUCAGUUGUCUGAGUAUUUUGAUAUAGAUUGUUUUUACAUUUUGAUUAAAAUUACUGCAGUAAUAGAAAAUAACCUGGCAAAUAUCUUAUCAAAUUCUGUAGGGGACUUGAGAAUUCAUGUUACAAUAAUAUCUAAAGGUAGAAUAAUAAGAAGCACAACUGUGAAAAUAUCAAAUGUCUUAAGAAAUAUAACUGUUCUGGUACCACUUAAAAUAAAAUUUAUAAAUACAGCAGAAAUGAAGGUAGAAACAAAACUUGUGACUAUCAUCCCAGGUGCAUUGGACCGUAAGCAAAAAAUAUGGGUAAUACUCUAUAGAAAGACUGUUGCUCUAAAUUCAGAUAACUUUAUAAAGUUUAAUUUUAAAACUAAUAAUGUUAUAUGCUUGAAAGACCCAGAGGAAUCAUUAGAAAAACUGAUAUUACAAACAACUAUGAAUCAGUAUGGUAGCUUCUUUGAUUUUACUGACAUUACAGAAAAGAUGGCAGUACUGAAUACAUGGCAAAUGUAUGUAAGAUUACCUCCCCAAUAUGAAGAAAUAUUUAAAAAUGCAGUGAGGCAACCAUGGAAUUCAAAAAAAGUUAACUAUUUUCUUCUGCUGUUUACUUCUGAGGACUUUCUAAAAUCAAGAAUUGGCAUAUGGAUGACUGUAGCUAAGGAAAAAGUUAAACUAGAGAUUGAUAAUGAUGGUUUUUCAACUCCAACUUUAAAGGUAUCAAGCAGAAAUGCAAAAAUUGCAUUAGACAUGAGGAAUUUUCUAUCAAAUUUAAUUCAUAGUGUGUUUCGUAACUGUGAACCAGGAACACAAUUCAUUAGCCAUUCAUUUUAUAUAACAGUUGAGAAUCUUCAGAGAGCUAUUAGAGACAGUGUGACUGGUGCUUCAGAAGAAGAUAUUCUACCCUUGAUUGAACAGUUUGAAAAGAAAAUAAUAGGUUGUUUACCUAUUUAG